AUGACCUUCGUGGAAUUUACUUCCCACCACCCAGCACUCGGCUUAGGCAAGCUUCUAAGCCUCUGGACACUCGCCCUUGCUCCUCUCAUUGCCCACGUUAUAGCAGGCGCGCCGGAGCCAAUAUAUCUCUGCGCCGAGCCACCAAGAUGGAUAGACUAUGCCGUAUUCUGGAACCCUACAUCAAUCAUCUGGCGUUACUUCACCAUAUUCGAUCGCAGGAUUCGUGCCAAGAACUGGAAUCGCGAAAUCCUGGCCUCGUCUAACGCACUUUUUUGGACGACAGAUGGCUGGAAUGGAAGUGAAGAUAUGAUCAGAGAGGGGAGGAAAUAUUGUAUAAGGUUGCCGCCUAGAAGCCACGCAGACUUGUUGUCGAAGUCGUUCAUGAAUACUGUGAUCGUGACAUUGCAGGGCGUACAGGCUUUAUACGAGUUACUCUUAGUGGAGAAAUUCAACAACAACAUCAACCUGGCUACCGUAUUCCUGCCACUUGCCCUGCUCGGUCUAAUACGGCUUCCUUCAGCUCUCUGGAUCACAGAUGGUUUCGCGUACAAUCACUAUGACGUAAAACUAAGCAACGAGAGGGGCAGUCAAGUCACCACAACGACAAAAAUAGGAUACCACGAGUUGACCACCGUACCAUUGUCAGGCGACGACACGCCUCAGUGGCCGCCUCCGACAAGCGAAGAUAUCAGCUACGCAGAAUUCCGUCCUCGGAAGAGCAUUCAUGGUUACGUCGCGAGAAUCAUCUUCUUGACUCCACUACUCGGCAUGGCCGGCCUAACUGUCUUUUGGACCUACUGGGUUUCGAAAGAUGGCGGUUACAUUACCGGCACAGGACUCUUUUCCCUCAUGCUCUGGUUCACCUUCAGCCUCGGAAGUGCCUUUGUCUUCAUCCUCAAUAUCGCAAGAGCACAGGAUAGAACUACCGUCGUUCCCGGAGUAUCAACGUUGUGGUACCGCUUAUACUCCGCUAUCCUUUUCCUUCUCAUGCUCGCAUUGCUGAUCACGGCGACUAUCGAGACGAAAGAAACAUGGUGCGGAAAAUUCACCGUCUUGUACGAUGAAGCCGUCUGCCCUUGGAUCGCACACCUACCACAAGACACAUACAUGUACUUCUAUACGACGGCUACAGAUGGCUCAAGUAGUUGGACAGGCUUCAUUCACGCGACGAAGGCGUAUUUGGCCGGUAAUUACUCUUUGAGAGCUGUGAAUGCCUCCCUUGAUGCUACUCCGGAAACCGCGUACGCGUUUCUAAAUCAGAGUUUACAAGAGUUUACAAGAAACGUCGAUAGUUAA